UUUCAACUGAAAAAUAAUUAAAAUGAGUGAAAAUUCAUCUGCCUCCGAGUUGGAGGUGAAACGCACUUUUCACGACGUACCGAUUCGCCCUUUUGAACCCAACGUCCACGACCUGGAUGCCGACUUUCGUUUAACACGUUUUGGCGACCUGAACGAGCGUAGCAAAAAGACGCCCAAAGAAAUGCUCAUCAAACUGAUGAUGACCAUCGCACCUCGCGAGGAGCAGGAAGCUGGAGGUGAGGUAGUGGAGCCGGUGCCGGUGCCGGCCUCGCAGCAGCAACAGCAGCCGCUGUUUUCCGGACUCGAUAUCCGUAACCAUGGCUCUGACGUUACACAAAAAAAUCAUUUGCUGGGCGACUUACAUUUGGUGCAGACCACCGACUUUGACUACCCGCUCAUUGACGAUCCCUACUUAAUGGGCAAGAUAGCGUGUGCCAAUGUGCUCGGCGAUCUGUACGCCAAGGGCGUUGUGGCCUGCGACAAUAUGCUGAUGCUGCUGGCCGUGAGCACUCUCAUGUCGGAGAAGGAGCGCGAUGCCGUAGUCCCCAUGAUGAUGCGUGGCUUUAGGGACUGCGCAGUAAAGGCCGGCGCCCAUGUUACUGGCGGCCAGACCGUGGUCAAUCGCUGGUGCAUCAUUGGCGGCGUGGCCACGUCCGUCUGCGAGAAUACCGAGGUCAUUGGGCCGGGCAACGCUGUUCCGGGCGAUGUCCUGCUGCUGACCAAGCCCCUGGGCACACACGUGGCUCUGAACGUUCACAAGUGGAUGGUUAGUGAGGACGGGAAGUGGAAGCACCUGAAGAACUCCUACGCCGAGGAGGAUAUCGCCAAGGCCCAUGACAUAGCUGUGAGAUCCAUGUGUCGCCUCAAUCGCACCGCCGCUCAACUGAUGCACAAGUAUGGCGCUCAUGGGGCCACCGUUAUAGCUGAAUACGGUCUCGUGGGUGAUGCCGAGGCCCUGGCUGCUCGCCAACAGAUGGAGGUUUCCUUUUCCAUCUACAACAUGCCAGUGAUCCAAAAAAUGGCAUCAGUAGCUUUAAGCUGCCGCGAUGUCUUCCAACUAAUGAGUGGACGGGCCCCCGAGCAUUCCGGCGGUCUUCUGAUCUGCUUGCCGCGUGAGGAGGCCACCGCAUUCUGCAAUGAAAUCAUUGAACUGGAGGGUCCCAGUGCUCGCGCCUAUAUCAUUGGCAUUGUGGAUAAGGGGGAGCGGACUGUCAAUUUAAUCAAGCCACGCGUCAUCGAUGCUAAAAUAUAAUUCAUUUUGGCCGCAAACUAAUUCUUAUGAAAAUUACCCAAUUACCUCUUUGUGUGUACCGAAAAUUGCCAUAUGGUAAAACUUCAUUUGGCGUAAUUAGAUGAAAAUAAUAAUACAUAAUAUAAUAAUAUCUCAGGUAUUCGCACUUUUUUCAAUAUCGUACGAAACUUUUAGAAGCGGCCUUUUAGUAAAUUCCAUAGAAAUCAACGGUUUUGGAUAUACAUAUGUAGCAUGAUUUGGCUACGAGAAUAAAGAAUUAUUUAUGACUACAUGACAAUUUUAUUAAGAUCCUUUUUGGAGACAUUAAAUUUUGUUUGGCAAGUUUUUACUGAUAAUUGGUCCUGCACAGUCUCAUCCUCGUUUUCCGAGCUUUCCAGCUCCAGUUCCAAAUCGGAUUAUUGGAGCGAUCAUCCGCCGAGCUGUGUCGAUUUGGACAGCGACGUCAGAUAUGAGAUAUGAUAUGAUUAAGACCAAAUUGCAGGCUUGAACUGAAGCGCGUAUUCCUUCUUAUAGCUGGCACUGAUCGCUUUUUCAGAACACCGAUUAAAGUGAGAUUUUUCACCGACGCCUCAAUAACGGCUUCUAGGUCAUGGACAGGAUUAACAUUCCGCAUGGAGAACAUCACCUCCAGUUUUAUGGUCGAAAGAGGAACGUAGUCCAACAAAUUUUGUUCCGAAAAGUAAUAAAUGGCCUGGAGAACGUGGCGGUUGACAACU